AUGAUUAAUAAUCCUAAAGUAGACAGUUUGGCGGAGAAAUCCAAGGCUACCGUUUCUAAGCAUCCGGAGCAGGUGGCUUUGCCGGAGCUGGCUCCGGCAAAGCCUGCGCCUAGACAGCAGUACCCGAUCACGUUCAACCUGACCUCUAACUCGCCAUUCCGUCUCGUUGACCGCCAGCAUUAUUUGCAGGACCAGGACCUUUACAAGUGCGCCUCCAGGGACUCGUUGUCCUCCUUGCAGCAGCUUGCCCACACGGCCAACGGUUCCAUCAGGAAGAAGUACAUAGUUGAGGACCAGUCCCCGUACUGGCCCGAAGAUCCCGUCGCGGCAAUCCCCUCUCUCAACCACACGACCUGCACGAACUAUUUGAGGCCAAGGAUGCAGUUCACGGGCUACCAGAUUUCGGGCUACAAAAGAUACCAGGUUACGGUGAACUUGAAAACGGUCGACUUUCCAACAGGCCGCAGCACGUCGUUGUCGCCUCACCUAUCCGGGUUUUUGUCAAUAAGAGGCCUCACCAACCAACACCCGGAGAUUAGCACGUAUUUUGAAGCUUACGCAGUGACUCACAAAGAGUUAGCCUUCUUGUCUUCUAGCUGGAAGGACGAGCCAGUGCUAAACGAAUACAAGGCUACGGACCAAACCGACUUGGAACACUGGAUAAAUUUCCCCUCUUUCAGACAGCUUUUCCUAAUGAGUCAAAAGAAUACCGCCAACCCAACUGACAGCAACACCGCAGAAAAUACCGGUAAGAACCAGCAACAACAACAGUUACCCACUACAUCGAGCACGGAUGCAAAUAACAUCUCAAGAAUUUUCAGUCAAGAGAAACAGUUCGGCGACUACCUAGACGAGAGAUUCAUAUUCAUGAAAUGGAAGGAAAAAUUUUUGGUCCCGGACGCUUUGUUGAUGGAAGGCGUAGACGGUGCGUCUUACGAUGGGUUUUACUACAUUGUCCAUGAUCAAGUCACUGGUAACAUUCAAGGGUUCUACUAUCACCAAGACGCGGAAAAAUUCCAGCAACUGGAGCUGGUACCUUCAAUGAAAAACAAAGUCGAAUCCAGCGAUUGCUCUUUUGAAUUUGCUUGA